AUGACCGCUGCACUUAGGAUGCUUGCUUAUGGAGUGGCGGCUGAUUUUAUGGAUGAAUAUGUGAGAAUAGCAGAAACCACUGCAAUAACUAGUUUGAAAAAAUUUGUUGCAGCAGUGGUUGCUAUUUUUUCAGAGGAAUACUUGAGGUCACCAAACAAUGAAGACAUCACUAGAUUGUUAGCUCAUGGCCAAAAUCGUGGAUUUCCAGGCAUGUUGGGAAGUAUUGAUUGCAUGGAUUGGAAAUGGAAAAAUUGUCCAACUGCAUGGAAAGGGAUGUAUUGUGGUCAUAUUCGUGAGCCAAUUAAUUACUCAAUUAAUGGUGAUGAUUGCACAAUGAGAUACUAUCUUGCCGAUGGCAUAUAUCCACAAUGGUCAACAUUUGUGAAGACAAUCCCAAGGCCACUAGGAGCAAAAAGAAAAUUAUUUGCAAAAGCUCAGGAGGCAUAUAGGAAGGAUGUAGAGCGUGCAUUUGGAGUGCUUCAAGCACGAUUUGCUAUUGUACGUGGACCUGCACGGUUUUUCUAUCAUGAAACACUACAAGACAUUAUGAAAGCGUGCAUAAUUCUUCAUAACAUGAUUAUUGAAGAUGAGCGAGAUGAAGUUGAAGCAGUGGACUUAGAUUAUGAACAAAUUGAUGAGAUUUCAUGUACACCAAUGUCACGUGAGCCAACAAAUGAAUUUACGGAAUUCACUCAAGUUCAUCAAUGCAUUAGGGAUCGAGAAGUUCAUUCUCAACUCCAAAUGAAUCUCGUUGAGCAUUUAUGGCAAUUACAAGGAGAGUCAUGA